GACCCAAAACAAGCCAAUUCUACGUAGAAACCCACGAAGCCGGCAAGUUGGACUGUAUUGGAAAUCCACAAAUAUUAAAAAUACCGGUCAACCGCCCCCCUAUAAACACAGUAACCUCCCCCUUCAGCCUUGUUAGUUCAAAAAACAUAGUACCACAUUUACAACAACAUUAGAAUACAGACUCAAAAACAAAAACAAUGAGAGAACAAGAAGGUACCUACAAUCUUCAUGGCCAAGUUUAUUCAUGGAGCAGCUAGAAAGAUGACACAACUUUGUCGAAAAGUUGUUCAUGUCAAUAUCCGGUGGAGAAUAGUAGAAAGGGUCUCGUUUAUUAGGCAAUUUUUUCGAUUCAUUUGGGAUAGAAUUAUAGUUUGUUCAAUAGGGAAGUCGACUCAGUACCGGCGGUUGUCCAGCCGGGGCUCUUUUGCGCUGCCGCCGGAGGCCGUAGAGGCGGGUUUGGGAUUGGAUGAACAAGCCAGCACCACAUGUAGUGAGCAUGACUUGGAUUCGGAUUUGGUUACCUUGAAAAUCAGCUUGUUGGGUGAUUGCCAGAUUGGUAAAACUAGUUUUUUGAUCAAGUAUGUGGGAGAUGAGCAGGAAAAGAGAAACUUGGAGAUGGCAGGAUUAAAUUUGAUGGAUAAAACUUUAUCCGUACAAGGUGCCCGGAUUUCAUUGGAAAUAUGGGAUGUGGGAGGUGACCGCAGAUCACUGGACCAUGUUCCAAUGGCUUGUAAAGAUGCAGUAGCAAUUUUGUUUAUGUUUGAUCUUACUAGCCGGACUACACUAAAUAGUGUUAUUGGAUGGUAUAAUGAAGCAAGAAAAUGGAAUCAGACUGCAAUUCCCAUAAUAAUAGGAACAAAAUUUGAUGAUUUUGUUAGGCUUCCCCCGGAUUUGCAAUGGACAAUUGUGACUCAGGCCAGGGCAUAUGCAAGGGCAAUGAAGGCGACGCUUUUCUUCUCAAGUGCAACCCACAACAUCAAUGUGAACAAGAUUUUCAAAUUCAUUAUGGCCAAGCUCUUUAACCUGCCGUGGACGGUAGAGAGAAAUUUGACUAUUGGGGAGCCCAUCAUCGAUUUCUAAGGUGUAUUUUUGCUCUGACCCAUGUCUGUACAUAGCUGAUCAACAAGCCCAAAAAAGAAAAAGAAAUAAAAAUGUGUUAAAUCCAAGCAGAUUGUCUCCGCUCUCUAGAGCUGACCUCCUAUUUGUCUUUUUUCGUUUGUUUUUUUUUUUUUUUUUUAAUUUUUAUUGUGAAAAGGAGGAUGGUGAUAGAUUUUUUCUCCUUACUGGCAGAUAUAGGUGAUAAUUCUCUAUGUCUGAGAAAACAUUAUGUUACUGGUUGUAGUAGUACUUUUUAACAAGCAAAGAAAUACAAAGAUCAGACUAUUAAUUA